AUGUCUCGUCCACCAGAUAAACUUAAGACACGUUUGAAGCAAUUUCUGGGGUUAAAGCGUGAUGCAAGUGGUUCACUCUCUCCACAACUCCCGCCAAUUGUUGUAGAGGAACCUGUCGAAUGCGACGAGCUUCUUAAGGAAAUUUGCCCUGAAUCUGGAAAUAGCCAGUCAUCACGUGCCCGUGUUUUGAAAGAGCUUUGUGAGGUUGUUGCAGCAAAGCAGUUGGAAGAACAUGCAGUUGAGGCUUUGUGGUUGGCUGUUAAAGAUCUGCUACCAGCAGAAAAUCCGCCUGAUAUUCGACAUGUUACACUCCAAUUUUUGACUUCACUUGUCACAGGACAGUAUUCAAAUCUGAAACUAUUACGGGCCCAUUUCUUCACGGUUAUUGAAAACCAUGACAUUCCAGAGGAUUUAACACAAAGGUUAGAAUUCCUCAAAGCUUUGUCUGCCGAUGGUAAAGAUAUUGUGUUCUUUGAAGAAAGAAUUGGUCCGUUUUUAUUAUCCUUGAUGUCAGCAGUAAUGUUUGGAGGAAAGUUGGAUGUCUUCUUGCCAUUGCUGCGAAAUUUCAUUCGAUACAACUCAAGUUAUCUUGACGAUGAUGUUGUUUUUGGUUUGGUGAAGCACACUUGUGAAAUAUCUACGACAACAGAAAAAGAGAGUGACCUUGAGGUGCCUCAUUCUCUGGCAAUCCUUGAUGCAGUCAUACGCUACAGUUCUUUGCCUUCAAGUGCUCUUUACUUGUUUCUUGUGGCAGUUUGUCAUACAGUGAAUAUUGCACAUUUCUGUGAGCCAAGUUGGAGGCUCAUGAGACAUUUACUUGGAACACACCUUGGUCAUAAUGGCGUUCUCACGAUGUGUUGCAUUCUGGAAGAUAGCAAAAACUGGAAGAAAUCGACAUUAUUGCGAGGAGCUAUUUUCUUCGUUGGAAUGUGUUUGUGGGGAUCAAAGAAAGUGUCCAGUUUAAAACAUAAACCUGUUGCUGUAUUACCAUCUUUCUACAAGGUCUUGUCGUGUGAUGAUGAGAGUGUGAUAUGUGAAGUGACUUUAUCCAUGCAAAGAUUAGUGAAGAAAUAUGGAUUAAAACAACACGAUACUGCAUGGGAAUCUAUUCUUGACAUAACCUCAACACUUCAGGAAUAUGUUGAGAGAUUCCCAUCUUGCGUGAGUGUGGCAGAAAACUUUCAUGUUCUGUUGUCGUACAUUGAAGAAUUGUAUGAGAAAAAUGAGUUCAACGGCUCUGCUGACAAACUGUUUGAUAUCGUCGCUAAAUGCACGAAAAAGAGACCACCUCAGUUUUAUCCUAAUGCGUAG